AUGGAUCCUACUCCUGCAAUUACGAACGCUUCAUCCUGUUCAUGCAAAGAUCCAGAGCCACCUCCCAUCGUCACAUUGCCCUCCUUCGGCUUUCCAGGCGACUCUCCCCCGAGCCUUUACGGUACAGGAACCCCUGACGUAUUAAAAGUCAUAAAAAUACUUGAAAACGCUGGUAUCUGCUGCUGUCUAGUAGGAGUCUCUGCAUUAAAAUACUAUGGCGCAGAACGAGUCCGACAUGAUUGGGAAGUCUGCGUGCCAACAGAUUUGCUUAAGAAAGCCUCGCAGAUUUUCGAGUCGGAACCCCACAGUCAAGUAUAUCAGGCGUUCCCUGACGAAACGCCUCAACUUGGUUGCCUCUACCAUACCUUCCCGCGCUUCAAAAUCCGUGGUGUCACGCUUUAUUUCGUUAUCAUCCCGGCAGAAGAUGCCUACCUGAAAUGCGUGCCCUCAAAUAUAGAGAGAAGUCAAAUGGGCCUUCCGUACCCAACGCUUCCAGUUUUCGCCCAAAGUCUGCUAGAUACCGAUUCUGAGGUGGCCUUGACUGAUUUGAUUGACGGUAUGAAUUUGACAGAGGAGUGGGGUCUGAAGCAUCUGAAUCUCGAUGGGACAAAUGAUGUAGCAUGGGCUUUUCGUAAAAACGAGAAGAUUCGAUCGUCAGUCCCGUUAACUGAUUACUCUUGUCUUUUGGAGCUUGCUACACAUGCUACGAGCAAAAUGGAGACCUGGAAACGAAUUGUUGGAACAAAAGAGAACCGAAUUGGGUUUGAACUCCCAAAAGAAUAUUAUGCCUCAAGGUUUUAUGCAAAGACCUCUGGGGACCCACGGUUGGAGAAGAGAAUUUACGUUUAA